UUUGCUUUAUGUGUAGCCAUAGGUGUAACAUCAUCACCUAUGUCAGUAGUGUCAUAAACAACUAUUUUCCCUUUACGCGUUCUCGUUUCUUGUCCUUAGUGAACUACUGUUCCCAUAGUUCCAGAGGUGUGAAGCGAGGCCAGCUACGGGUGCCCGGAUGGCUUUCACAGACAGGCACGUUGGAGAGGCACAGCGGAGACUGAGGCGCACGAGAGACAGAGAGCUGGAAUUGCAGAGGCAGAGACGCACGGGCGCACGGUCGAUUUUCGCCUCCCGCAUACUGGGCAGCCCUGUGCCUGUCACCAGAACCGGACCCCGGGGUUCGAGCGCGGAUAUGUCAGCACCGUAACCGGGCAGAAGACAGUGACCCGACGUCCCUGCUCCCCGUUUUUUCAAAAAAUUCUCCACCUUUUGUUUUUUUUUUUGCUCUUUCUUAUCUUUGUGGGUGCAGAUAUUGGUUCGAGCCAGAGGAACGGUUUUUCCGUUGAGCCGCACGAGACGGUGGCGCGCGACGACAGGAGGGGACGGCGCUUGCAUUGAUGUGGGAGGACUCGCUCCCUCCGACGCUGGGAGUCCAGAUGACGGGGAAACGCUGCGUGCCGACGGCCACGGCCGCCGCGGCGACGGCUCCGUGACCCGGGCGAGCGGAGCAGCGAAGCACCGUCACCCGCAGCCGCCACAGCCCGCGUCGAGUCCGAGGCAGCUCCGGCCGCCAGCGCUCCCCCAGACUCGCGCUCUCUCUCUCUCCCUUGCAACCAUGGGCACAAGACAGAAGCGGUGGGGGGAGAGAGAGAGAAGAAUGUGAGCUCUCCACUGCAGUAUUGAUGACCCAAUGAUCCCCUGCAGAACAGAGCCAGUCAGGCAGACAGUGUGAGGCUCAACUCAGAAUCAAAAUCAGAAUCAGUGCCACGACCAUUGGGUAAAAAGCAGGAUAUGAAUGGUUGCAGACUCACGGGCUGUUAAGGAAGACAUCUAAAAAGGAAGGAACGCACAUUUACAUACAAGAAAAACAUCCCUGCUUCUCCUACCCUGCAACAACCUGCAGCAUCAUCCGCUGAAUGAGUGGCUUGUCAGAUCACCUGUUUCCGGGCCACACUGGGGCUCCAGUGGGCUGUGGUGAGAACCAAGCAGAGGAAAAGGGUUGUAUUGGAAGGCUGGACGGCCCGGAUCUCUGGACCAGGGAGCUCAGGCUGCAGGAGGGGUCCCAGGAUCCUUCCGACGAUGGACUGGCGCCGGUGACAUCCAGCCUCUUUCCUCCCUUGUCUCCUUCCGCCCUGGCCAACGGCCUCCGCCUGCAGCGAAGGCCAGGGCACGGCACCCACCGGCGGAGGCCGACGGAGACUCACGCCGCGCCGGAGACACAUGCGUUUGCUGAGACGCUGGCAAACAUGCAGACGCACGUAGACCCAGAUGCACAGGCCGUUUCACACGCGCUGAUGGAUGACUGUGGAAACGUGGACAUCGAUGCGCACACGGGGGCUGUUGGUCCAGAACAGAACAGAGCUCUGUCACCGGAGGCCACGCACACAACCUCAGUUCAAUCCCCGUCGUUGGCACUCGGGAGCCAUCCUGCCUCCAACAACCGGCUGCCUGCCCCCGUUCUAGAAACAGAGGUCCCCUCAACCUUUUGUCCGGUUCCUCUAAGUCCAAAUCCCAACACAGACUCCUCUCCUCUCCUUGUGGAGGCGGAGAAGAAGUAUGCUCUCCGCAGCUCCGGGCGUCCCCGCUUCCCCUGUCACCUGCGCAAGUCCUCCCGUCUCCGCCGAAGCAUAGAUGAUGGGGAGAAGAGAACGGGGAAGGAGCGCGGAGGAGACGAGGACGAUGAAGAUUUAGAGGAUAAAAUCUGGAGAGUUAAGGAGAAAGAGGUGGUGGUCGUUGAGAAGGAAGAGCCUGUGUCUGUGGAAGCGGUUCUCCCACCAACUCCCUGCCCUACAGACAUCGCUCUGGCUCUCACUGUGUCCAAACCUGUUCCUAAACCUGUACCUAAACCUGUUCCCAAACCCGUACCUAAACCUGGACCCAGACUCGGGCACAAACCAGGACCCAAGUCCAGGUCUAGACCUGCGCCAAAAUCUGUCCAUAAAGCAGGUCCUAAAAGUGUCAUGAAGCAGCGUCAGGCCGCCCAGGCCAUCCAGUCCCAUCGUGUUGCCGCCUAUCUCCCAUUUGUUUCCCCACCCGCCAUCUCUGCGCCUCAGUUAACUGUGAAGGGGGAACCUGUUUCAGAGUCUGGAACGUGCCCUCCCAAUAACCAGAGGCGUGGACGUUUUGUCGGCGUGAGGAGGAUUGUUGUCAAGGUAGCUCGCAUUCCAGUCAGUCUCAGUCGCCGGCAGAAGAGCUACAAGAUUUCCAACUUGGAGACAGCUGUGGGGCCAGAGAAAGGCAACGAGGGCGGUCUGGAGGGCUCGGAGGUGGCUCGCGAGCCCACCGCACUUCUCCGCAUGAAGAACAAUGGAAAGAGUGUCAUGGUCAUGUUCCCUCCCGGAGAACUGCCUGUCAUUUUGAAACGCAGGCGAGGCCGGCCUCCUAAACAAGGUGUACCGGGAAUAACGGGAGAACCUCUUAAUGCCGGGAAUCCUAAUGGUAAUGGCGAGCAGCCCAAAAAGCCCCGAAGGCGGCGGCGGACUAAACUCCCGUCUCCUUAUCCAUCGUAUGUUAAUGACACUAAUGAUGUGAAAACAGAGUAUGGAGACGUUCUGUCCAAACUGGCCUUUUUAAACCGCCAGCCCCCUGCCACCGGCCGCUGUUCCCCCCCUCGCUGCUGGACUCCCAGCGAGCCCGACAGCUUCCAUGCCCCAUUGGAAAACCCUGGAAUAUCCAGCUUGCUCCACAAGCUUACUGGGUUCCGGCGGCCCCGAGGUGGCAGGGGAGGCGGCAUGGGAAGAGGUGGGGGGGCAGCAGGGGGAGUUGGGGGCGGCGAGCGCAGUAAGAGCACGUUCAGUGACUUCUUUGAGUCCAUUGGCAAGAAACGAAAGCUCAGCCCCCUGUCGGACCAUGGGUUACCUAGGAAAAGGGGUAAGGGGGUAGGGGGGGUGGGGAGAGGAGGGGGGGUAGUAGGAACUGAACCUGGAGGAGAGAAAGUAGUCAAGAAGAGACGUAUGAGAAAAAACGGCACAUUUAAAGGGGCGGGGCUUUCCAUGGGGCAGGAAUGGGCCAAUGGUGCAGGUGGUUGGGGUGAGGAGGUGGGCAUGAACAAAGACAAAGGCUUGGGGGGGUUUCAGCUCUGUGGAUCUCCAAGGGGGGGCUUCUCUUCCUGUGAGGCGGGAAGGGGGGGCGCCUACAGCGGUCUGGGAGAAAACAGAGGGGGUGGUCCGGCUGCAGAGGACUCACAAGGCCUGUUCGCUGGAUACUUCAGGUCACUGCUCGACUCGGACGACUCGUCUGACCUGCUGGACGUCUCGUCUUCGCAGUCGGACCCGCGCAAAGCUUCGUCGGCGACUGGUUUUGAGCCGUCCAGCCCAGCUACUGGUCCCAGCUGGCCCCCCGCGUUCUCCAAGUGGAGCUCCAAGGGGUUGAAUCCUGGUGUGGAGGGUUCCGCCCAAACCCACUGCUCUUCAUCCAGGCCCCCGUACAGCUACGGCAGCCUGUCCCAAACAUCACCCACCACUUCUACGUAUCCCAAAUCCACUCCUCCAUCUCUCUCACACUCCCCCAACUCCCCCCACCCCGCCUCCUAUGGCCAGUACUCCUCUGGUUACUCGCCUUCCUCUGCUGCAGCGGCACAAAGAUCCUCGGACUGCAGCUUCGCGUACGGGUCUGGACACAGCAGCGGCAAGGCCCCCGGUGGCCAAGCAGCCUAUUCUAACUACCAGGCAGCAGCUAAGCGGGGCUUUGGUGGCUAUUCGGCGGCGAGUCAACUGUCAGCGGGACCCACGUCGCCUGGAGGAGGCUACAUGUCUGUGGCCAGAGGUAGCCUGUUUAGCUCCUGCUCUUCGCCGGAAGGUUUCAAACAGUACAACUCCAAUCAGUGGAACUACAGACAAGGCUAUGGUGGCUGGUCGACAGACAGUUUUGGGCCUCGGUAUCAUUGCUACAGUGAAUUUGGAUCCAACGAGUCCAAAGACAUCCUGGAUAUCUCCAACUACACCCCCCAGAAGGCCAAGCGACCACCUUUUCCUGAAAAUCUAUCCGAGUCCUCGUCCGACUCUUCACACCUCGGCUCCGCGGCCACCGGCAGUGGACCCGGCUCCACGGGUGGCACGUACAAACAGAACGAGUCGGGCUCCGCGAGCGGCGAAGGCGGUCAGUCCAGUCUGUCGAGUCUGGAGAAACUGAUGAUGGACUGGCAUGAGAGCGCGUCGGGGCCGUCGUACAACUGGAGCCAGAACGUCCUCUUCCAGGGCGGGGUCACCAGCAAACCCUGCCGCGGUCGCAGGAAACGGGCCGAGCCUCCGUCAGAAAAGGAAGGCGGUUCUGCUCUACACUCUGACUCCCCCUCCAGCCCCUCCCCAACACCUACACCUGGACCCAAGCGGGGAGGGAUGGGAGGGCGGGGCAGAGGGUCCAGAGGAGGUCGAGGGGGGUUGUCUCCUUGUCAGAGGGAGCGGCCGUCGGGGUCGAAAGGCAGAGGCAAGGCUGCUUCCACAUCAGGAGCAGCAGGAGUAGUGACUGCUGGAGGCCCAGAGGGGUCUGGCCUGUUCCAGGAGGGGCUGGACUAUUACAGUGGAGACAGUAGCAGCCUCUCUCCCCUGGCCACUCCUAAUCCUCCACCGCCUUCCAGCUACCUCCAGGAGCCCUGUGAGUACCCUUCCCCUUACUCUGCGCACCCCUCCACGCCCUCCUCUGAGGAGCGCUAUCCAGCCUUGUACCCUGGAGAGUCCUCCUCCUCUCUGUCGCCCAGUGUCUCCUCACCCCCGUAUCCCCCCAAACCCACCCCGCCGCCACCUCAGUCCUACCACCCUAUCUCCUCCCGGACCUUCUCCCCCUCCUGCUCCCCCUCACCACGGGUAACACCCCACUGCAGCACUGCACUAAGCCCCUCGCAUCGCCCCCCUCCCAAAGACCCAGCGUUUUCACAGUAUGACUCCCCCAGCUACUGCAGCUCGCCCUACUGGUACGGACAGACGUCGCACAGCGGCAGCCCCAGCCCCCACUCCAACACGGCCAUGCACACGCACAGCAACCAGCACGCCAGCCCUCACGGCAACGCGCUCGCCAGCCCCAACGCCAGCGCCCCCCACGACGCGCACCACCACAGCACGCAGCCCCACGCCCCCCUGAGCACGCACAGCAACGCCCACGCCGCCUCGCACCUGCAGAGCGCCCCCCUCGCCAGCACGCAGCCCCACCACAACGCCCACGCCAACCCCGGCGCCCACCUCCCGGCCCACGCGCACCCCCACCCCAACCCCGGCCUCCACUCCCACUCGACGCCCGCGCUCUACGAAGAGCGCGGCGCCCUCUGCGCCGUCAACCCCCACAAGCGGGACCCGAGCACCCACGCCAUGAGCUCCGGCGUCCGCCAGGGCCCCCUGCCCCACUCGCCGUACCCCAAACCCCCCCUGGACUCGUCGCCCCAUCAGGACGACGCCAGUGGCUACUCCCUGUCCCACCAGUCCUACCAGAGCAUGGGACACCGCUUCCCGUCCCAGGAGGCUCCGGGUAGCGGGGUGUUAUGCCAUCUACUGGACCCAGCCAAUGAUGACAGCUUCAGCGUCACCAGCCUGUAACAGCAGGUCAUUCAACCCAAGCUUUUACAGACAUUUCCUUUUCUUUCUUUCUUUUUCUUUUUCUUGUUCUCUUUUUUUUUGUUAAGGAGACUGUGAAAGAAGGGUGAGAAUUUAGCUGCCAGCACUGGACAGUAAAGCUUUAAUUCUCCAGCAUUGACAAUCAAGAUCAGCUGCAACUUACAGCCACAACACCCAAGCAUGUAGACAUGCGGAUGCAUACACUCGUGCACAGACACACAAACACAGACACGCAUGUGCAGAGGAAUUCGCCACCCAGACGCCGACGCGUGACGUCGCACACGCGUGCACGCGCUCGUUGGAAGGAGGGAACGGUCGACAGAUGAAUACCAGACGCUGAUUGGACAUAGAUCCCCUAUUUCCUGAUUCCCUUUGAGUCCUGUUUGAUACAGUAAGACUCUGUUUCCCAGAAGUCUGUAUAUCACCACGUCUUUCUGGUCCUCUUCUGUACAUCCUAAAAUAUGGACAAAGUAGGAUCACACUGCUCUGUCUCUCUCUCUCUGUUUCUAUCUCUCUCAGCCUCUGCUAAACCAGCAACCGUGUUCUGCACUCGACUCACUAACACUGCAUUUCUGUCUUGUGCCCUAACCUGAGCCUCAUCUGUACAAUACAUACGACUCCAGCUCCGAACCAGGGAGCCCUUCUUUACUCUGAAGGUUCAUCAUCAACACGCCCUCCUCAGCGUUCUGCUAUGGUUUCUCUGUGGGGAGAGGAGGACUGCGGCAUGGAGAUUCAACAUCCUGUGUUUUGCUGUUUUAACUACAAGGGGAAGAGACACUGAAAUGAUCUAAUGGCCCCAAAGAGACUCUUGUUUUCUGUGUGAGAAUGUGAGGAGGGGGGGGUUGGAGGGUGCGUGCGACUGCAGUGAUGCAUGUACUUUUGUGUAUGUGUGCUUAUAUGUGCGUUUGUGCGAGUUUGUGUGUGCGUGUGUGCCUGUGGGGUCAAAAGCAGUGAAGCUCCCCAGGCACAAAAGUCUUGGCGGGGCUUCAUUCUUUCUUUCACUCUCUCCCUUCUUUUUUCUGUGGUCUUGUGUUGUUUGGUGGUUUUUGUGAUGAAAAAACUGUAUAUCUGUCCGUUACAUAUCAUGUAUGUAUCUGAGGUGCAAAAUAUUUAAAUACACAUUCUGUUCUUGCCAUUGGUAA